AUGUGUGAUCGAGGCCUGGUGACUCACUCUCCACGCCCAGCCCUGUCGGAGAUCUCCCCCCAGCAGCGGUCCCGCACGUCUAUGUCCCGAUGGUUUCUCGUGCCUCGUGUCGUACAGCACGGGUACUUCUUCACCUCGUCGAUGAUCUUCUCCCUGUACUCCCGGACGCUCAUCCCGUGUCCGAGGCCGGGGACACGUCUGCUCCAAGCGAGUGGCUCGCUAUACUGCGCUAACGUAAGCGAUGGCGAGGUUGCCGCUCCGUGCGCCGCCGCUCGCCGACUCCAUCGCUUAUCGCGCUCGGUGGUCGGCGAAAGCUAA